AUAUUGUUUCAAAAUGUGAAGAUUCUGGAAUUACAUCUUCUCUUAAGAUGCCCACUUAAGGGAACCCUGCGGUCUACCCGUUGAACACAACAUACGCGGCAGGAAAUCUUAAUCAACUUUUGACCAAACAAAACACUUGAGCCCUCCUCGUGGUCUCAUCAGUGUCUCAGUGACUUUUUUGGGUUGUUUUUUGCUAUUUGUCAUAUACCUCUGACCUCAUGACAACGGUGGAUCUGAGGCAACGUGGCACAUUCCAAAACCAUAUAUAAGGGAACUAAUGUGCCACCAUCAUCAAACCAGCUCGCAAGACAAGACAAGGAACAGCAGCUGAACAUCGACUGCAAAAGCUCUAAAUCAAGAAUGAAGAUCUCUUUCGCAACCAUCCUUUUAACUAUUGCACUUUUGUCCGAGUGCCACUUUACAUCCAUGGCGAUUCCCAUGACCAAAGCUGACGAGAUGGAUCCAGACCAGCAAAGCUUGAGCGAGAGCUUGGAGGAGAACGAUCUGAGGUCCGGACUAGGCAGCUCCAAGAUCAUUGUGGUGGCUGACUCCAAUCUUCUGAGAACCCUAAAGUCUCUGGACAGAGGAGUUCCUCGUCUCGGACUCCUUGAGAACAUGCUUAGCACCGAGCGCAGAGACGUUGGUUCCGACUUGAGCCAAGGAAUCGCCAUCAUCAGAAGGGACACCAUGAGGUGCAUGGUGGGCCGAGUGUAUCGGCCAUGCUGGGAAGUUUGAGUUUCCUGGGAUGCUGAGGAGAAGAAAAAAAGCUGCUGACAUCAACCGAUUUUACCUUCUUUGAUCCACUGUUGUUUAGAGAAAAUACAAAUGUUCAUGCCUUUUAGUUGAACUGUAUGUCUUGAAAAUAAAUGCUGAAAAGAUUA